AUUAAUUGAACAUCCAUGGUGCCAACUGAUCAUCGUAUUCCAAAAACACAUGAAACCCAUAAAAAAUCUUUGUUAUUGGAAGCAGAAUCCCAUGAACAUGAUGAUCAAUCUGAACAAGAUCAUCAAUCUUCAUCUAGCCAUAGGCAAGCCAAGAAAUGGAGCACCCACACCACUGAAUCACCAGAGCUUCCCACCAAUCUUCCAGACAACCGGCAGAUGGCUUUGUGGACUUCCCCCGACCACCACCAAAUCUAUGGCCAGCAGCCAUACAUCGUCUUCUCUCCCUUAGAAAAGCGAAGCAGCCAUAACCCGUUAAAGCCUGUGAUUCAUAUGUUCAGUAGCUGGGGCAGGAAAGCUGAGACAAUCGUCGGCAACAUCUGGAACAACUUGAAAACUGGGCCAUCUGUAUUGGAAGCAGCAUGGGGAAAGGUUCACCUGAAAGCAAAGGCGAUAACGGAGGGUGGAUUCGAGGUUUUAUUCAAGCAAAUGUUCGAGACAGACCCAUGGGAAAAUUUGAUCAAGAGAUUUGCUUGUUAUCUGUCAACAACAUCUGGACCUGUGGCUGGAACACUUUAUGUAUCAACUGCUCGUCUGGCUUUCUGUAGUGAUUUUCCUCUCUCGUUUACAUCUUCAUCAGGCCAGGAGACAUCGAGUUAUUACAAGGUUGUGGUACCGUGGAGAAAAAUACACAAGAUUCAGCAAGUGACCAUGGGAGAUAAAAAUCCACACGAGAAAUACGUUCAAAUAGUUACCGUGGAUAGUCAUCAUUUCUGGUUCAUGGGUUUUGUUAACUUUGAGAAAGCAUUGCAACACCUUUUGACCAGCAGACCAGAUCUUAUUAGAGUUUGAGUUUCAUAGAAUUCAGGCUCUCAUGCAUGUAUCUAU